UCACUUGACGCAUCGGUGGAUGGGGUCGAGCAGCCCCUCCUCACUGAACACACACACACCCCCUGGAUGAUGAUGACGACACAGAGAGCACACACAUAUUGUAUAGAUGUGCACACACGUACCCCGGCGGCACGAGCGGUGCCAGCACGCGUCGCAGGUCGGUGGCCGCCAGCCGCUCAGACGCAAACACCGCGGGCAGCUCGAGGGAUUUGAUGAGUUCGCCAGCUGAGGCCGUCAGCUCCUCCGUCUCAGCUCUUGUCGGCGUGCCCAGCACUUGGCAGAUGCGCAGGAUCUGGUAGGGCUCGUCGUCGCCAGCUGUGACAUCCAGGCACACACGCGGCUGACUGAUGUGUGUGUGUGUCAUGGAUGUGUGGCUGGUCGAUUGAUCUCACCUUGGGGACCCUCCAUUCUGUUUCGUUUGCGUUUGUGGCGGCCGUCGUCUCUCUCCUUGUUGUCCUUGUUGUCGUUGUUGUCCUUGUUGUCGUGUUGGGGUUGGGGCGGCUUCCGGCCGACGAACAGCGGUGACAGCAACUGAUGGGACGACACACACACAUGCAGAGACAUUUAGAGGGGCGGGGCGUACUUGUGUGUGUGUGUAGACAUACAAGCAUCUCUGCGAGGAUGCAGCCCGUUGACCACACAUCGACAGACUCGUUGUAAGUCAUCGACCCAAACAAGAGCUCGGGCUGACACAACAAGACAGACACACAGACAGAUAGAUGUGAGACGUUGGUGGCUGUGUGUGGGUUGGCGGCAAGUCUUUGUCUGCUGACCGCUCUGUAUGGCCGCGAGCAGAUGUACGGCAUGUGGUGUGGCGAGUCCGACAGAGACUUGGCACAGCCUGUGUGUGAAGCACACAACACAUACAUACAGACGCACUCGACUGAUCGAGUGUGUCUCGUUGUGUGUGUGCGUCCGUGCCGGGUGACUGACUGACCGAGGUCACAGAUGAAGAUGUCGCGGGUCUUGGGGUCAAACAGAAUGUUCUCGGGCUUGAUGUCACGCUGACCGACACCGACAAUGGAUGCAUCCACGCAUCCACAUGUCUAUCGUGUAUGUAUCGAUGUGUCUGUCCCCCACUGAACUGACGUGUGCGAUGUUCUGUUGGUGUAGGGCGUGCAGUGCGGCGACGAGCUGUCUUGCGAUGGAGCGGAUGAGGUCAGAGGGCAGAGGCCUCCUCUCGGCACGGUGCCGACGGAUCAGCUGCCCCAACGUCGCUGAACAAUCCACGCUCACACAGAAGAUAAAGAGACAGAAGGGUAUGUGAAUGUCUCGUGCUUCCAUCAUAUGUGUGCGUGUCAGGUGAUGAGAGGCGCACAGGGCACGCAUUGCAUGACGAUGUGCUGCGUGAGUAUCUGUCGCGGUGAGUGCGUGUAGACCACUCCCUCCAUCUGCACACAGUGGGGCAGCCCCUUGACAAGCUCAAGCAUCACCUGCUCGCGGCUCACACCACCGCCCCACCUGUGCAAGUGCUCAGAGACAUGACAAUGACAUGGCGGGAUGGACAUUCGCUCACUUGGGUCUCUUCUUGAUGGCCACCAGCUCGUUCGUUGAUGUGCCGGUGGCAACGUAACACUUGCCAAAGGUGCCCGACCCGAGAAGCUGCUUCAAGAUGUAGCGGGGCGGACGAGUGGCGCCGGUUGUCGCGGCUGAGCCCUCGGCGUCACCACGCCCGCGGCCGGAGUCGGAGGGACGGCCUGGCUGCAU